GGGAGACACGAGCAAAUUGGAAUUGCCCAUUCGCUAAUUUUUGAAUACGCCAAGUUGAUUUUCGGCGGGAGCCGCGGGGAAAGGGGGUCGGCGGCAGGGUAAGUUAAGGCCGCCCCACCUAAUUUCCGUUGCAGUGUUCUGGAAUAUUCCCAAACUCGGCCGGCCCGGCGGUUGCGAACUUGCGGAGGCUCGAGGGAGGGUAAAGUUUACGAUCGGGGCUGCUGUAUCUUAUCGCCACGUGACCAAGAGCCAGGGCAGAUUGCCAUUCGUUCCCGUCUCCAAUGAUCCUUUUACCUAGUGUUGUGGACUAUUACCGGUACUUGUACAAGUCCGAUCCCAGGCCCCCCAGCCUAGCGGCGACGUCUGGUUCCUCUGACGGUACUUGCCCCUACCUCUCUGCGGCAUGGCUCUCCAACUCUACGUCUGGGGCCCGGCGUUCGGCCUGCCGUCCCUUGAUGCCGAGUGUCUCGCCGCCAUCGCCUACCUCGCGCAAACCACCAAUCCCGCCGAGUAUGAACUAAUCCAAAGCAGCCCGUCGGGUGUGCCAACCCAGCACCUCCCGGCGUUAUACAACCCAUCCACCUCCACCUGGACAUCCGGCUAUUUCGCGAUAACGCGGCACCUCUCCUUCCACCCGCUACCCAGCUUCCACUCCUCCUCCUCCUCCUCCUCCUCCACCACCCCCACGGCAAGAAAAGCAGCCGCCGACAGCUCAGCAUACACAGCCUUUCUAACCGCGCACGCGGCGCCGCUGCUCGCGCUGUCCCUGUACGUCUCGUCGGCAAACUACAGCGCCGCGACCCGGCCCGCCUACAGCGCGGUCCUCCCCUUGCCGCUGCCGUGGACCGAGCCGCCCGCGGUACGCGCCGCCCAGCGCCGCGCGGCCGCGCACCUGGGCAUGUCGGCGCUUGACACGGACGCCGAUCGGUCCUCGUCCGGAGGUGAGGAAAGGGAGGAGGCGGGGUGGGUUGCUGUGCCGUCUCGGUCUUCGCUUGGAAUUGGUAAGGGCAAGCCGAGGAUGGGGAUGAGCGUGCAGGGCAUGCUGGCUCCUGAGGAUAAGGCGCGUAUCAGGCUUGAGGGGCUGGCCUCGGAUGUGUUGGACGUGCUUGCCCCUGUGGACUGGGACGGGCAGGACGUGGCGGCGAGGUGUCUUGCGUUUGGCUAUCUUGCGUUGAUGGCCUUGCCUGAGGUGCCUAGGCCGUGGCUAAGGGAGGUAAUUGAGCGCAGAUAUCAGGCCCUAGGGAAGUUUGUGGAGAGAUUUAUCGGAGACGUUUUCGCGGGCGGGAUCCAGGCGCUACCGUGGGUGCAGGAUAGGGAAGGUAUGUCGGUUGUAGGAGUCGGGGCUAGGUUCGCCAGGGGCGUAUUGGCCGAAGUCCCGUGGUUUGGCGAGCAGUGGUGCCGGUGGUGGGUGGCGAGGAAGAAGAGGCAGGAGAGGAAGGGGAGAGGGUUAAAGACCGGGCCAAGCGGGGAUUUGCUGCUGGUUUCGUGGCUCGGGUGCACGCUAAUCGCCAUGAGCGCGGGCAUCUUCUUUUACCGUGGACUGCCCCCGUUUGGCGCGGCAGUACAGACAUGGCGAAGACCUGCUGCGAUGUUGAGCACUCUUGGGGCGGCUGGCGCUCUGUUUUCCGGCACUUUGUACGGAUUAUAACCUCUAGCAAUUCCUAUGUGAUACCCCACGGCGCAGCAGCAAGGGCUUAGGAAUAAGAAUCGGAAGAUCAGGUACCUAGCCUUACGAACAGAAACUGAGGUAU